CAUUAAGAAAACGAAUGUUAUGAGCCCUUUUGAGCCUUGUUGUUGCGUGACAAAACUAAGGGGGAACACAAAAUUGGUACAACAUUCUCAAACUACCACGGCACAAUGCCCAAACAUGCACUGAAACACCUGAAGAACCUUGGUGGAUAUGCAGAAAUUUCGUUGAUGUGCUUGCAUCAGUCAGCGUUGAGCAAAUGCGCAAGUGAGUUGAAUUUUUCAUUUUCAUUUGCUUUAUCUCACCUGAGAUCAUUCAGAUAUGCAUGCCGAUCUCGUAGAUUUAUGGAUGGAUAUCACAAAGGUCUAACAGGAAAGCAAGCUGCCUGGGCCACUAAGAUAUAUAAAGGAUAUCAAGUCCUCCCUAAUUCCAUUCUGGCAGAACUCGAGAACGCUGGGCUCUGA